AUGAAUGGGUCAUUUGAUGAGACAUGGGAUGAAAUUCCUGAUUUACCAUAUAUUGGAGAGUAUGAACCAGAAAUAGAUAUACCAUAUAAUCAAAUAUCAUCAGAUGCUUUUGUUGAUGCUUUAAGUAUUAGAUUAAAAAAAAAAUGUUUAGAAAUAAAAAAAUUUUUACAGGAAAAUGAUAACAAUCUUCAUUUACAUAAAGAACAAUUAAGAAAAUUUGCUAUCUCACCGGGUGGAUUAAUUUUAGAUGAGUAUAGAGAAAAAAUAUGGCCAAUUUUAGCUAGAUAUUAUCCAUCAGAUCUUGAUUAUUUUAAAAAUGAUGAUGAAGAUGAUGAUUCUGAUUUGGAGUACGAUACCGUAUCUUCAACAUGUAACAUUGAAUGUGAUGAUGAAUACAUUGAACCUACAAUAGAAAUGUUACAACUUCAUAAAGAUUGGAAGCAAGUGCAAUUAGAUGUUAAUAGGACAUUAGAGAGAUUUCCACCAUUUAUUGAUGAAGAAAAUAGGAAAAAACUUAUGAAAGAAUUGACACCUUUUAUUAUUAGAAUACUUAGUAGAAAUAAAAAAUUCCAUUAUUAUCAAGGUUUUCAUGAUGUUUGUUUAACAAUUGUUUUAGCUGUUGGUUUAGAUAUUGGCUAUCAGGUAUGUAAAUCAUUAACUAGAAAAGGAGUUUUUUCAAAAUAUUUAAAAAAAACACUUGAAGAAUCUGUUUUAAAAGAAUUAGAAUUAAUGUUUCCAAUUUUUUUUAAAAGAAGUAAGAUAAUUGAUAAAACAUUAAAAGAGUCAAAUAUGACAUGUAUAUUUGCUCUAUCAUGGCCAUUAACAUGGUUAUCACAUUCCCUUCAAAAUUAUAAACAUAUUGUUUUAUGUUUUGACUUUUUUUUAAGUUCACAUUCUUUAAUGCCAAUCUACUUAUCAUCUGCUUUAAUACUAUCAAGAGAAGAAGAGAUUCGUUUAUGUGAAAAAGAUAUGGGACUUUUAUAUGGGGUACUUAAUAAAAUUCCAAAAAAUUGUCGAAUUCCUGAAAUUAUAGCUGAAGCACAAAAUUUAUUUGAUGACUAUCCACCUAUGGUUUUACGAAAACGUAUAAUGAAUGAGUAUUUGUUAGAUCGCAAAACACCUAUCCCAAGACCAAAAAAACCUAUUUCAAGAGAUUCUAUUUUAAAUAAUAUAAAUUUACUUGGUUUUGUUGGAUUUGGAAGUGCCUUAAUAUUAUAUUUCGUAUAUCAAUACUACUCAAAUGUACUCUCUGGAUAUUAA